AUGGCGGACGUGACUAGGGCUCCACGCACGAAGGACUUUGGAUCUACAUCCAUCCAAUGUCCGAUGUUGUCACCGACAAACUACACAGUUUGGUCGAUGAGGAUGAAGGUUCUAUUACGUGUUCAUGAAGUGUGGGACACAAUCGAACCCGGUUCAGAUGAUCAAAAGAAGAACGAUGUUGCGAUAGCUCUUUUGUUUCAAUCUGUUCCAGAGACUUUGAUUCUCCAGGUGGGAGAACAAACCGCAUCAAAAGAGAUCUGGAAUGCCAUCAAGUCGCGACACCUAGGAGCUGAUCGUGUAAGGGAGGCGAGACUUCAGACGUUGAUGACGGAGUUUGAUAGGUUGAAGAUGGAUGAUGGAGAUACGGUCUAUGACUUCGCGAAAUGCCAUCAAGUCGCGACACCUAGGAGCUGA